AUGAAGAUUUCUGACGUAGAAGACAUUGAAGCCGAGAUUGCUGACCUUGAGGCAAAGCUCAGCGAUGCGAAAGUCAGGUUGAACGGUAUCCAACAUAGACCAUCUCCCUUCACGUCACUUUCCAAACCAGAUCUCCUAUCCUCCACUUAUCAUUCCUUGCUCUUGUUGUCCGAUUCUGCCCUGCCCCUGGGCUCCUUCGCAUAUUCCAGUGGUCUGGAGUCAUACAUCGCGCACCACAAACCCCUGCCGUCACAUGUCACCCCUCUCUCGUCCUUUGGCAGUUUCCUAUGCCUCUCCAUCGAGUCCGUUGGCUUCACCAAUGUCCCCUACGUGCUCGCCGGCUUCCGGCACCCCGCCCUGGUGGACCAGUUAGAUAAUGAUCUCGACGCCUCGACACCGUGUACGGUAGCUCGACGAGCGAGUAUCGCCCAGGGAAGAGCCCUUUUGAACGUCUGGGAGAAAGCUUUGCAACAAUCGAUCAAUCAUGCGUGUACCGGUGCCUUGAUAGCUGCUGAACACAUCAAGUCCUUUGGGCGGACGCUCAGGCUCUCAGCGCUGAGCAGCGAGGAUAUUGCAGAUAUAAACGGUCAUUUCGGACCCUUGUGGGGCGCGGUCUGCCUGGCACUAGGAUUGGAGAUCAAACCAAUGGCAUAUCUCUUUCUUUUCAAUCAUGCCAAGACGGUGCUGAGUGCCGCUGUUCGCGCAAAUGUCAUGGGUCCUUACCAGGCGCAAAGCAUACUGGCUGGACAACAUUUGCAGACGCAGAUUCGAGCCUGCUUGGCAAGGGUAUGGGAUGUACACCCAGAGGAUGCUGGCCAGGUGGUCCCAAGCAUGGAUUUGUGGGUUGGAAGACACGAGCUGCUCUACAGCAGGAUCUUCAACUCUUGA